AUGAAGGUCUUUAUCUGCCUGUUGGCCACCAUCUGCGCCUGCAAUGCCACCUUCCUGUCCUUUUUGGGUGGCGGAGGAGGAGGAGGAUUGGGAGGCGGAUUGGGAGGAGGCAGCAAGACCACCUAUAAUGUGAUAGCCACGCCCAGUUCGGGAGGCGGUGGAGGUUAUGGCUACGCCCAGGGACAUGGCGGCCAUGGACACGGAGCAGGAGGAGGCUCCUCGCAGAUCAUCAAGGUGAUUCUGCAGGAGGGUCAGGGCUAUAGCAACGCCGGAGGAUCAGGAGGAGGUUACAGUCAUGGUUAUGCCCAGCAGGAGCAUCAUCAUCAGCAGGCCCAGAUCUACAAGAUCAUCGAGCAACAGGCUCCGGCUCCAGUUGCUCCCGCUCCCGCUCCCAUUCCCAUUCCCAUCUCGAUUCCCGCCCCUGCUCCCGUGGCUCCCAUUGCCUAUCAUGCGUCUAGUGGAGCAUCCUCUGGCUACUCCUACGGCCAGGGUCACUCUUACGGGCAGAGCUAUGCCGCCGGUCAUGGUUAUGGAGGAGCGUCCGCCUCCUUCGAUGCCCAGCAGUUCAACGCCAUCCUGCCGCAGAUCCUCCAGCUGGUGCUGCAGGAGGACUCCUUUGGCGGUGGAAUCGGUGGCUCCUCCGCCGCCAAUGUGGCCGACAUCAAUGGCCAGCUGAUCAAUGCCUACGGCUCCAAGGGCAAGGCCAUCAUCCUGAAGGCCGACCAGGCGCAGGGCGACUUCUUCAAGAGCGGUCAUGUCGUGCAGCGCGGCACUUUGAAGGUGAUGCGUGUCCAGGAGCAGCAGCAGCAGCAGUCGCAAGGUGGCUCCAAGGGCGGCUGGGGUGCAGGUGGAUCCUCUUCCGGUGGCUGGAGCUCCGGAGGAGGCUCCUCUUCCGGCGGCUGGAGCUCCGGAGGAGGCUCAUCUUCCGGCGGCUGGAGCUCAGGCGGCUCCUCUUCCGCCUGGUAAAUGCACUGCAUCCCCAGUUAUCCCUAGUUAGUUAGACCAAAUGAAUUGCCUUUUUUUUUCGCUAUCCUCUAUUCUAUCGUUAUGUAUUUUUUUUCCUAGGCUAAUCCUUCACAGUCAUUAUCGAAAUUAUCAACCACGAAAAAAAGAUCAACAAAACAUCCAUCAUUAUUAACCUAAAUUAUUUGUUAAUAAACAAUUUGAAACAA